GUUGCGCAUGCGUGUGCAAUAAAAAUGGCAGAGCUAUCAUCUCUCUGUGGCCUCAAGGUGGCCUGGCCUGCCUGCAGCCGUUGAGAUGAACAGUGACAACGGUUGAACAACCGGCUAAAAUGUGAUCGGUAUAUGUGGUUGACCUAUUCGAAAAACGGCCCAAAAUUUAAAUUGUUUUCACGAUGAAUUUAACCGCGGGUAAUCCUCAUUCAAACGGCCUUUUGUACGCUGGUUUCAACCAGGACCAAGGCUGUUUUGCUUGUGGAAUGGAAAAUGGGUACAGAGUAUAUAAUUGUGACCCUCUGAAAGAAACAGAACGGCAUAAUUUCAGCAACGGAGGACUUGGAUACGUAGAGAUGUUGUUUAGGUGUAACUACUUGGCACUUGUUGGCGGUGGAGCCAAACCCAUGUACCCAACAAACAGAGUAAUGAUAUGGGAUGAUCUCAAGAAAAACCCUGCCAUAACGUUGGAAUUCAACGCCCCAGUUAAGGGAGUCAAAUUGCGGAGGGAUAGAAUAGUUGUAAUCCUCGAAGGAGUAAUAAAGGUCUACACGUUUACUCAAAAUCCUCAACAGCUCCAUGUUUUUGAGACGAAUCCAAACCCAAGAGGACUUUGCGUACUUUGCCCCAACAGCAAUAAUUCACUCCUGGCUUUUCCAGGAAGAAAAAAUGGUCACGUUCAGGUUAUAGAUCUGGCGAACACAGAGAAACAACCUCUUAACAUAGAGGCACAUGAAACCCCUUUAUCAUGUAUAUCUCUGAAUCUUCAGGGUACAAGACUUGCCACCGCAUCGGAAAAGGGGACGCUGAUAAGGGUAUUUGACACACAAAACGGAAAUAUGAUAAAUGAAUUACGCAGAGGCGCAAACCAUGCAAAUAUUUAUUGUAUAAACUUCAACCAUGAUUCAACAUGGCUAUGUGUAGCCAGUGAUCAUGGCACGGUUCACGUAUUUGCAGUUGAAGACCAAAAGCUCAAUCGUCAGUCAAGUUUGGCGUCAGCUACUUUUUUGCCAAAAUACUUUAGCUCAAACUGGAGUUUUUGCAAGUUUCAAGUACCUAGCGGACCCCAAUGUAUGUGUGCCUUUGGGAAAGACAACAACACAAUAAUCGUGAUAUGUGCCGAUGGUAGUUACCACAAAUUUUUAUUUAACAACAAGGGAGAGUGCAGCAGGGAUUUCUAUGCUCAAUUUUUAGAAAUGACUGACGACAAGAUGUGACUGAAGGAGAAAUCUUAAUAGCAAAAGAGUCGAAAUGUUACCUAUCACAGCAGAAAGAUCCACCGCAGUUUUCGUUCAUUUUGUCAAUUAUUUAAUCACAAAAAAAAUAUAUGACAUAAGAAGUCAUCGAAUUAAAACCGAAAUCGGACCAAAUUUUACAAGAUUAAUAGACUCACGCCUGUCUCGUUAAGGAGCAAUGCGUGAAAUUGUUACUGAAAAUAUCUUUGAAAAGGUAUUAACUUACCGAUUAAAAAGUACAUAACGAAGUUGUAAAAGAAUUCUGUUGCUGCGGCAAGAAUUAUACAUAUAUAAUAAUAUAUAUAUUGUAUAUAUGUUUUAAAUGUAUAUUAUCUGUACUGAUUAUAUAUUCAUUGGAGAUAUUGCUGAAGCGUUAAUGUGGAUUCGUUAGUAACGAUGCCUUUGAUGGCUGUGAGAAACUAAAUUUUUCUUAAACGUAUGUCCAGCCAAAUCUUGCUACUGUGAAUUAUCUCACUAGUAUCGUACGUGGUGAAUCUACAAACGUAUGUUGGAUUGAAACGGGGAAAAAUUCACUCAACAGUCGCCAUGCCACUUUUUUUGAUCAUUAUUCAGAUCCUUUGAUUCCAGUAGAUUUGUUUUUGCUAUUUCAGCGGCAGGCUCCAAAGAAUACGUUGUAGGUUGAAAUAAAAUUAUGAAGCUUUAUUUUUAAGAUUACAUAGCAUAGUUAUGGCAUUAUCAUGAUCGUCAUCAUCAUUGUCAACAUCAUCAUAAUCAUCAUCAUCAUCAUUUUUAUUAUUAUUAUCAUGAUUAUUAUACAUCAUAUACUGACAAAUGAAAAUACAUACAUCACUAUUGUCAAUAAUAAAAAUUCAACGAUAAUAAGUUGUCAACGUUGUAAUAAAUCAUUAACAAAUUUCAAAUCAAAUUUUCACUAAUCGAUUGAUUGUAACAUGGUAUAAUGAUGAUAAUAUGAUGUGAAUGUUGAAUUUUGAUAGCUGGCAUAAUGAAAUAAACAUGGUAAUAAAUGUAUUGUUGCUAUAA